AUGUUUCCCCUGGCGUCCAUGGCGGCGGAUUUGGUUGAGUUAAUCGGCUUGCGGGUGCUGGCCGCCGGAGACCUGCUCGACUACAUCCGCUUUCGUGCAGUGUGCGCACACUCCUGGUCAAGCACUAUCCACCCGCGUGGCCAUGGCAUCACCGACUCGCGCUUUCAUCCGCGUCGGUGGAUGAUGCUGCCGGACGGCCACAGGCUCCAUCUUGAAGACGGUAGGAAACGUUUCCUCAACCUUGACACCGGAAAGUUCGUGCGUCCUCGAGUUCCUCUUCUGGACGACCACUGCCUCCUCUGCUCGGUCGAAGGCCUCCUCCUCAUGCAGCGGCAACAUGGCGACCAAGACGAAGACCCUAUAUGCCUCCUUCACCCCUUCACGGGAGACACCGCAAAGUUCCCGCCAGUCACGUAUCGCACGAUGGUGCGCUUGUUUGGGUCAGCGUACCACUUGAAUUCUCACAACGGAUCUGCUUACUUGUUGCCAGGCAGGGUGACCGCCUCCUUGACUGUUAACGCUGAAGGGGUCGUUAUGAUCACGGUCGUGCUUCCAGAUGUUUCACGCGCGCUCUUUGCCACCACCAAGGACAAGCAAUGGAGAUUAUCGGCCUGGAGCUUCUCCCCAAACGGCAGCACCAUAUCAUCACAAGGAAAAAUUUACAUGGUACAACCCAAGCCCACGUCUAGCGUCGAACUGCAGAUUUUACAAAUCGACCCACCUCGGCCCGAGAAGAUUUAUGGAUCCAGUUCGUCUUCGUUUCCGGCACCAAAGGUGAUUGCCAUAUGCCCCACGGGCAUGCUCAACGCCCUUUCUGAAUUAGUAGAAUGCGACUCGGAGAUACUACUUGUGGAUUCCAGCGAUUACGUCUUAUCCAAGCGCAUGGCAGUCUACAAAAUAGCAGACCUUAUCCAAGGAAGAGUUACUCCUCUAACAAGCAUCGGGGACAAGGCUCUCUUGGUUGGUGUCAGAAGGAGUGGGAGUCUUAUCGGAAGGAAUCUGAGUGUGAGUUUGAAGGCAAUGCCAACCAUUGCAGGUGACAUGAUUGUAUGCCAUGAUCCCAUACAUGAAAAAUAUCUUGGACAAUAUCACAUUGGUAGCGGCACUUGGUCGCUAAGAGAUAUGAUAUGCGACAUAUAUAGUGCUUCUGGGUGGUGUACUUGUAGUCUCAUCGACCAUAUCUAUGGAGCCUGUCAUUGUUUUAUUGGCUGA